GAGGCUCAAUGAGAGAGAAAGAAUUGGAGAACUGGGGGCACCUGAAGUCUGGGGACUGUCACCAAAGGUUCCUGACCCCGAUUCCGAUGAGCAUACACCGGUAGAAGAUGAAGAGGCAAAAUCUAAGAGCAGUUCUUCAGAUUCCAGCUCGGAAGAGGAAAAAAAGAAAAAGAAGAAGAAAAGGAAGAAGAAAAAGCGAAAGGCAUCCAAGAGAAAGCGCAGAAAACAUUCUGAGGACAGUGACAGCGAGUCGGAGUCUGAGCAGAGCUCCAGUGAUGAAGAUAAAAAGAAAAGCAAGAAGAAGAAAAAGAAGAACAGAAAGAAAAAGUAUAAGAAAAAGAAAAAUAAGAAGAGCAGGAAGGAAUCCAGUGAUUCGAGUAGUGAAGAUUCUGAUGAUGAAGCAUUUCAAGGGGACGAUCUCUGGAUUGAGAGAUCAAAAAAUACAGAAGCUGAUAGCCUGAUUGGACCAGAAGCUCCCAAAACUCACGCAUCUCAGGAUGACAGACCUUUGAACUAUGGACACGCCCUCUUGCCCGGAGAAGGUGCAGCAAUGGCAGAGUACGUGAAAGCAGGAAAACGGAUCCCCCGGAGAGGAGAAAUCGGCCUGACCAGCGAGGAGAUUGCAUCCUUUGAGAGCUCUGGCUAUGUCAUGAGUGGCAGCAG